ACGCCCGCAAAUGGAAGCAUAUUUGGUAAAUUUUUACCAGCACGGUUUUUAUUUGCAAUACUCGCGAACAUCGGUAUGGCCAUUGUGUAUGGUCUGAAAGUAAAUCUGAGCGUUACAAUGGUCGCAAUGCUCAAUCAUACAGCUAUAGUGGGUAAUAAAGCAGAAGAUACUCAGUCCGGACAGUGUGAUCCACCAGAUGGACAAUCUACAACUAAACCUGAGGAUGGACCCUUUGACUGGAGUGAGCCACUGCAGGGCAUGCUCUUAGGCUGUUACUUUUGGGGCUAUCUUGUCUCACAGAUUCCAUUGGCCUACCUGGCUGAGAAUUAUUCAGCCAAGUGGGUUUUCUUCUUCUCGGUAGUAUUGAAUGUGGUUUGUACGAUUUUGACGCCUCCAUUGACCAAACUACAUUAUGCGGGAUUGCUGACAAUGCGUGUCCUCGAGGGAAUUGCUGGAGGGGCCUCAUUCCCAGCCAUGCAUAUCAUGAUUGCCAAUUGGGCGCCACAAACUGAACGCAUGUUGAUUGCCACGAUUAUCUAUGUUGGAACAUCUGCGGGCACAGCAUCCUCGAUAUUAAUGUCCGGUUUGGUGAGCAAUAAAUAUGGCUGGGAAUGGGUUUUUUAUACAAUGGGCGGACUAAGUUGUAUUUGGAUACCAUUAUGGAUUAUAUUGAUUCAGGAUGAUCCAAAUAAACAGCGUUUUAUUAGUCCCGAAGAGCGUGACAUGAUCAACACCUCGUUGGGCCACCUCGAAGGGGCUAAAGAACAUCCAGCGUUGCCGAUAGCCAAGGUCCUCAAAUCUAUACCAUUUUUGGCUAUCCUGAUUUCUCACACUUGCCACAACUUUGGCUGGUAUAUGUUCCUCAUCGAGAUUCCGUUUUACAUGAAGCAGGUGCUGAAAUUCAAUGUGUCCAGUAAUGCGGCUCUCAGUGCUCUACCCUAUAUACCCUACAUAGUAUUUAGUAUUCUGCUUGGCAAAACAUUGGACCAUUUGCAAAAUAAAGGAAAACUUAAUAGAACGGUUGCCCGGAAAAUUGCGAACACGUUUUCCACAUUGGUUCCUGCAGCAGCUUUGACUGGAUUGUGCUUUAUUGGCUGUCGGCAUUAUUUUGCUGUAGCUUUUAUGUGCAUUGGUAUUGUCGCAAUGGGCGCUGCGUAUUCCGGUUCCCUUUCAAGUCACAUGGACAUUGCUCCAAAAUAUGCUGGCAUGCUGAUGGGCAUGACAAAUACGGUUGCCACAAUACCGGGUAUUACCGUUGCCCAGCUGGUUGGAUAUAUAACCGAGGGAAAUCAAACCAUAGCAGCUUGGCGAACUAUCUUCAGUAUUGCGAUUGUUUUACUUCUCAUUGAGUUUUUAGUCUACACUAUAUUUGGAUCUAGUGAGAAGCAAGACUGGAACGAUGGCUAGACCAAGUAAAAUGUUAGUUAUUAACUUAUAAAAUGUUUUUAUUUUUUAAUAUGAAGAAGUAAAAACCCAAUCCGGCCUUUUUCGAAUGCGGUCAGAACUCGAAUUC